UAGUCCUGAGAGCCACCAGCUCAGAGAAGUAGUCCAGCCAUUCCAGAAACCUCCAGCCCGACUCCUGCAGCUGCAGCACACUAACAUUUAUCCAACCAACGUAGUGAGUGACAGCCCCUUGUUUCUGUGUCUCACUUCUGAGAUUCCAGCAGCUCGUCACACCUGACAGCACAGAUGAUGAUGGGGAUGCAGCAACACUCACACAGCUUUCUGGUCCUUCUCCUCGUGGUCUUCAUCUCUGGGAUAGUUCUCUCUGGCCCCUCAACUCCCCGCAGGAGCAGAGUGAGACGUCAGAACAUGAAAGUCCGUAUCAACGCCACAGGGGACACCAUCGUGAUGAAGUUUUUGCGUCCCAGCCCUGACACCAAGCUCGAGGGUUACAUCCUGGGCUACGGCAGCAGCAUGUUCUCCAAACAGUUCAUCCAGCUGCCCGAGAACGGACAGCCGUACGAGACCGAGUUCGAUGCUGAGCCCAAGUACCUUAUCGCUGUCCAGCCCAUCCCAACCAAUGAGGUGAAAAAGCAGUGCACAGGUAAAGUGGAACUGGAGAAGCCGCUACACUUGGUCAUCGGCUCGGUGACACCCACCUCAGUCCUCCUGUCCUGGGGGACUCUGCUGAAAACCCCCUAUGAAGGCAACGUCAUGAAUGACUGUCUUGAGGAUGGACACUACACAGUGCGUUACCGUGAGAGGAGCAGGAAGUGGAACUACCAGACCUGCCCGACUAGCGACACGGUCAUUGACAAUCUGAAGCCCAACACGGUCUAUGAGUUCGGCGUCCAGCCCAGCUCUAAGGAUGGCACUGGCAUGUGGAGCAAGCCGGUCAUUCACAACAUCAGCACAGGGGGCGUCGAGGAGAAGGCCAUCGGGAAAAUCUUUAAACGUCCCCUCAACCCUGUGAAACCCUUAACGCCAGGUCCACACUCCUUCCCCUACGCUCCUCGCCAUGUUCACCAUAACAGGACCCAGGGCAGACUGCCCCUCUCCCGGAACAUAGCCCCAAAGACAACUUUUGCUCCAACCACAACUACUAAACAGGAAUCUCUGUCGACCCCUGGACCCACACUGCCUGUGGUCACCAAACAGCCAAUCGGAGGAGGAGACCUCUCCACAUCUGUCUUGCCUCCUUUCCUGGAGGUCCUGUUAGCUCCCAAGCACCAUCCACCACCACACAUUACAGUCACCAUGGCAUCUGUGCCAGUCCCCCAGACAAAUGUGGAGAAACAUGGAGGACAUCCUCUGAGUCCACCACAACAAAAGCCCAAGUCCCAACCUCAUGCACAACCUCAACCAAACCCGCGACUCCAACCGCAGUAUCGACCACAGCCAAAGCCCAAAGCCCAAAAACCUAGACAAAAGCCGCAGGCGAAGGCUCAGCCUCAACCAAAACCUCAACCAAAACCCAUUUUCCAAACUCAGCCACAGCCAAAAUUAACAUCACAACCAAAACCCCAGACCCAGCCUCAACCAAAACCCCAGACCCAGCCUCAACCAAAACCCCAGACCCAACCUCAAACAAAACCCCAGACCCAACCAAAACCCCAGACACAGCCUCAAACAAAACCCCAGACCCAACCAAAACCCCAGACCCAACCUCAACCAAAACCCCAGACCCAACCUCAAUCAAAACCCCAGACCCAACCUCAACCUAAAUCCCAACCAGUAUUCCAGCCCAUACUCCAGACCCAGCCACAACUCCAUCCAACAUCCCAGCCCAUAUUCCAGACACAACCGCCAUCACAAUCCCAAUCAACACCCCGGGUCAUACUGCAAACCGAACCACAACAUCAAUCAACAUCCCAGCCCAUACUCCAGCCCCAAUCACAACCACAACUCCAACCAUCAUCCAGGCCCACACUCCAAACCCAGCCACAACCAACAUCCAAACCAACACUCCAGACCCAACCACAACCCGAACCCCAACCUCAACCACAAUCCCAACACCAACCUCAGCCAACAUCCCAGCCAGUACUCCAGAGCCAACCACAACCCAAACCUCAAUCAGCAUCCCAGCCCAUACCCAAUACAGAACCUCAACCCCAACCAAGACCCCAGUCCAUACCUCAGAUCCAACCAACAUCCCAGCCCAUACUCGAGACUCAACCUCCAUUACGAUUUCAGCCAAAAAAAUAUCCCCCAUCACAGCCUCAAACAACUACCCAGCUCCAGGCUGAACCACAACCUCAACCAACACUCCGGCCCAAACACCAGCCCCAACCUCAAAAACAACCACAUGUAAAGAACCACACUCAGCACCAAGUUCAACCAACUCUGCAGCCCACACCUCUGGCAUAUCGCCAAACAGCUAAACCAACACGCAAGCACAUAUCUCAGACACAACACUCACUACCAAUGAUUCACAUCCAGCCCCAACCUCAACCAGAAUCCACAACUCAGUCACAAACCUACACACAUCCUAAACUAAAAAUCCCAAAGACUCAACUAACCACCAAGCAGAAGUCUAAGGCCCAACCAACACCUAAACCAAAGAUACAUUUUCCCCAGCCCAAGCCCAAGACACAACCUCAAACCAAGAGCCAACCCAAGCCAAAAACAAGUCCUCAACCAAAGAGCCAACCCAAGCCAAAAACAAGUCCUCAACCAAAGAGCCAACCCAAGCCAAAAACAAGUCCUCAACCAAAGAGCCAACCCAAGCCCCAAUCACCACCUCAACCAAAAACGCAGCCAAAUCCUCAACAAAAACAUCAGCAAAAGCCAAAACCCCGAACAAGAGACCAACAACAACCACACCCAAAGAUUCAGCCAUGGCCUCAAUCACAUCCUCCAACAAUGACCCACGCCCAACCUGUAACUCAUUCUCUAGCCAUUCCCCAACCACAACCUUCACCAAAGACUGAGACUCAGUCCCAACUUGAACCUCUACCCAAGCCACACCCUGCAUCUAGGCCCAAACCACAACCUCAACCUGGGCUUCAGUUUCAGUCUCAGACCAGGACCUACUCUGAUGCCACCAAGGUCACCCCAAGGCAGGCUGUUCCUACGGCUCCUAGUCCACGGGAAGAGGGCAAGCCUCUACCAAGACCUGCCCUGGCUACAGAGAAGGCUGGUAGUUACAAUCAGGGUACCGGCGUCCUCAGAUCAUCCGUUGCUGAAGUUCCUCGUUCUCCCGUUAGCUCAUCAGUUCCUCCAGCAGGAAGAAACACCACGCUGUCUCGUCCCCGGGUUCUUCCUCAUUCCACUCGUAAUAGUGUCCAACCAUUUUCUCCAUCCAAGACAUUCACCACCCCUCUCAGCUCCAGCACACCUGGGGCCGAUGGGGCGCAUCAUAGGGGCAUUGCUCUUCCUAAAGCUGUGGUGUGGUCCAAAGAGAAACCUGUUCUGCGUCCCCCUAUUCCUGUCAACAAGAGACCCAACCUGGUGGGGAAACCCAGUGACCAUGAUAAACCCAUGGACCUGAAACAAGGAGACAAGGAAUCCAUCUUGAAGCCAUUCGCUUUGGUCACAGCCAAGCCCAAGCAAGAGCGCAGACAGCAGACCACCACCUUGGCCCCGGCAGUAAACAGCAGCCGCUUUGACAUAAAUGAAAACUCCUCCAUAUUCAGGCCCUUGCCUGCGUCAGAGGUAGACAUCAUGGGCAAGAAGCGCUUUAUAGCUCCCCAUGUGAUCUACAAGACGGAUAAGAAGCCAGAUGAGCCGUGCUCUAUCACCUCCUCCCUCGCUUACUUUCCUGAUGAGGAGGGCAGUGAUCAGAACGUGACUGGUCCUCCCCGCAUACCUCCAUCAAACCUCACGGUGGUAACUGUGGAGGGCUGCCCGUCCUUCGUCAUUCUGGACUGGCAGAAAUCUGACAAUGAAACCAGAGAGUAUGAAGUCGUAUCCACCACGAAAGGACCAAAUGGAGAGGAGGUGUCAGUGCUGACGACUAACCAGACACACACAGCCGUGGAGAAUCUCAAACCAGAGAGCAGUUAUGAAUUCAAAGUAACACCAAGGAAUGAGCUGGGAACAGGACCCUCCAGUGAUCCUGUGUCUUUUAGCACAGAAUCAGCCGAUCCACGAGUGAGCGAGUACGUUUCAGGCAAAGAUGCCAUCUGGACUCAGUUCCCAUUUAAAUCCGAUGCCUACUCUGAAUGCAGUGGAAAACAGUAUGUGAAGAGAACUUGGUACCGAAAGUUUGUGGGCAUCCAGCUCUGCAACUCCCUGAGAUACAAGAUCUACCUGAGUGAUUCUCUCAACGGGAAGUUCUACAACAUUGGCGAUCAGACGGGUCACGGCGAGGACCAUUGUCAGUUUGUGGAUUCCUUCCUGGAUGGACGGACCGGCAGCCAGAUGUCUGCUGACCAGCUAUCCAGCCGGCUAGGAUUUUAUAGGGCGAUGAGGCAGGAACCUGUCAGCUUUGGAGAGAUUGGAGGGAAGUCACACAUUACAUACGUGGGCUGGUACGAGUGUGGCACACCCAUACCUGGGAAGUGGUAAGACCCCGUGGGGCUGUGCAGGAAGGAUGACUUCCUUGGUGGUGAUAAAGAAGAAGACGCCUGAUGAGGCCUGUUCAAAUUACCAUGGACACUGUAGGCGGUGUAUCUGUUUGAACUCUGCCUGCUCUCCCGGAUAUGAACCUGUACAGCACUUUUAGGUGUCAUCUCUAUUGAGUGCAUUUGUAACAUUGGUCUUAAUUUCUGUAUCUAUCGAAAAUGUCAGGACAGACAAAAGAAUGCAGGAGUUUGAGUGAACCAAAAUGUUGAAUAUACAGUAAUCACAGAGAAAAUGUUGGGAAGCUGGCUCCCAAAGUGUAAUAACUUGUAUGAUAUUAUUUAUCAAGGGGAUCGUUGCUGAAUAUUCUGUGUGUGUUCAGGCCUUUGAGACGAGAAAGUAAAAAUUGUUCCCAAUACUUGCAUGUCAGUGAGCACACACAUUGGGCCUUUCUGUACAGAAAGGUGCCAAUCAUACUUUCAUUGUACAUCUGGACUAUGUAAAAUACAAGUACACACAGACAUGCAGAAUCGACCUUCUGCUGGCCCUAAGGGAUUAUUAGCAGUUGCAGUUUGCACAGUAUUAAACUUCUGUUCAUAUAUGUAUAUGGUGUGAAAUACAAUUUGUAUACCAGGGAUCAUAUAGUUUGAUAUAUUUCAGGUAAAAGAUAAAACAGCUUUACCCAAAUCGAGCCCCAAUGUUUCUGCGGGGUCUCUUGGCAACGAAAGAUUAAUGUAUUUGUAAUGCUUGUGCAGUCAUCCUGUAUUUUCUAAAAGAAUAAAAUAUAUAUGAAAAGGUAUAAACACACAACCUGUGCUUCAAUGUGGAAGUGACAUAAGCAAAUGACAUAAUUUAUGUUUUUGUGUUCAGAUUUUACUACAAAGUGUACAUAAAGCAUCAUCAGACAGACAUUACCAGGUUCUUUUCCACACCUGUCAUGGCUGCAGUUGUUUCUGGUGCAACAUGUAUGUUUUCAGCAAUAAAUCUUGUGUUUAU